AUGCUUCGAGCAAGUCGCCAGCGAAAAGCUGCACGUCGUGCCGCAUCCCCAGAACCACCGCUUAUGACCGUGCAAGAGCAAAAAGACAAGAGAACUGAGAUCCUAGAUCAAAUUAUGCGUGAUCAAUGGGUAGAUCGCCCCUGGGACCAGCCUCUGAGCAGUUUAGCCCUUCACGUCAUCAGGUCUAGAGGAUAUGCCCGCCAAGAGUAUAUUGAGCAACAGAUUGCUGAUUUACACAAAUCCAUCAGAAUAAAUCAUUCUAACCAGCUUGUGGCAGCUGAGCGCGAGAAGCAGCAAAAGUCACUGCUGGGAACGGGAUGCAUGAUCUUCAAACAAUUCGGCAUUAAAUACAUGGCGGACAAAUACUGCGAACUGAAUAUGCUCCAAAGGUGGUGGAAGUUCCGGUUCGAAGAACUUGACUUACGUUUUGCCAAGAAGGAAAUUCCUGAGGCUACGUACGUGAAGGCGGCACACGAUUUGUAUGCGACGAUGGUCGAAUUUCUCAACACUUACUGGGAUAAAUUGCUGGAAGAAAGAGUCAAUCUCGAAUAUAACAAGUGGCAUUCGUCAGUCGGACAAUCUUUCCGAGAGGAAAAGAUCCCUAAAGACCAACUUGGUAGAGAGAAGGUCUUCAUCCUCGAGGAUGGCGAGUGGGUCUUUGACCUUCCCGAGAACUCUCCUACAAAAGUUGUUAAAUGCACCAUGGACAUGAUGGACAAUUGGUGCCAAGUACCAAUGAGCAAGACAGUGGAUGGAGCCAGUAUGACCACAGAAUGGAUAAGGGAUGCAUGCAAAAAAAGCAGCAAAAUAUUUGGCUUGACACCGGAACACAGAGGGGAGGCAUCCCCUCCAGAGCCCACCGCCAACCGCAAUGACAACGAUAGCCACACUGAAGGAGGGGAUUCUCUCCCAGAAUCAGAAGGUGAGGAGACCCCGGAUGAAUUCGAAUUCGAAGAACAAGAUCCCAUUCUCGUCGGCCCUCCAGAGAACGGCGAUCGUCUCCGGCCGGCAGAACCAACUCGACCAAGAAAGAACGACGAACGACUCGCUCCUCUGCCCAACGACGAACCAUGGCUCAAGGAAUGGAAAGAUAUGUCAGAAGCUCAGCGGAAGAGUAUGAAGGAGCUUCAUUUUGGACCUAAUAACAAGUACUACCGACCGCGUCCACAUUGGAAUGCUGUGCUGGGCAAUGAUCCUCCUCCAGACGACAAGUCAGACAAUGGUCAAGGCCCAGAACCAGCAGGUCAAAAUGAGCAUUCUACUAACAAUAAUUGGCGAGUCGAUUCUGCAGCUCCACCGAUUAAUGGCUUAAAUUCCUCAGAGGGUGCAGAGCCAACUGAUUCAACGGAGUCGACUACUAGCCAGGAGUCAGCAAAUGGUGCUUCUACUGCUCAAACAGCAAAGGAAGGUGGUCAGCCAAUGCAGAAAACGGGCUCUGAUGCUCCACUAAUGAUUCCUGCCAACGGAAACGGUAGCGAUGAUGGUUCGAAUCCUCCAAAAAAGAAUGGCAGUCUGCCCAAAGGAGAGUGCGCUGGUCCCAGCCGACCCAAAAAGAAAGCCACUCAACCCAAAAGACAGCAUGAUGAGCAAGGAAACGCUAAGGAUGCUAGUGAUGAUGAAAUGCUGAGCGAUGUAGGCGAUAGGUUUGAUGCGGAUGCUGAGAACCGUGUCAUGAAUCGCGAAACCGGAGCUCUUGUUCAAAGCUCACAACCUGCCCCAGCUCCUACUCGGGCUCCUAGAAUACAAGAGGAUACCAUCUUUUCGGCUCCCAUGUCGCCAGAGCCACAACGUGUACCCCGACCACCAACUCAUUCUCAAACCGGAAGAAUAACGAAUGGACGCCGAGGUGGCUUCAGUGACGAUCCUACCGUUCUCAGGCGCCAAAAUCCAUCGUUUAACACUGGUGGUCCUUGGGAUAUCAACAGAGCUGGCUUCAGCAUGCCAGCCAAUUUGCCUCCUGGAGCAGGGAUAGCUAUGAGGCCACCACCGAACCCUGACCCGUUGUCGGAGAUUCAAGUUCCUAGACGACCUGACAUCGGGAGACGUCCAGACAAUAUGAAUGCGUGGCAAAAUAGCCUUGAAGGGGGACGAGAAGGAGUUCGAGCCAGAAGUAAGACGCGAGAGAGGGAGAGGACUGCUUCGGAAAUGCCUGAUCCUUCUGGAAUAGGGUUUAUGUCUGGGAGCAAUGGACCAACUAUGCAGGUACAAUCAAUGCCCAAUGUUUCUGCUAACCAGGCUCAACCGGUAUCCAACCCUCAAAGUCAGAAUGUGCCAAUAUUGCAGGGACAACCACCCCAGGCUGGUUACUCUCAUCCCACAACAAACUCUGGUGCUACAUCACGAGCCGGAGCGAAUGGAAAUCUGCGUGGGGAUAUUCUCUAUGUCCCGAAUGGUGACGGUACAUUGAGAGAGACAGCGCCACCCCGAGGAGUAAAGCGUCCAAGAACCACUUCGCAAGACGUCGACUCACAUCGACGCCCGCCUGCCCGAGGAUAUGGUGGGAUCCCUAUGUCGCAGUUGAGAAGUCAUCCUGGGUACAACGGAAUGCCACAAUACCCCCAAUACCCACAACAAACACAACAACAAGGACCGUACAGUGGCAUAAACGGUGGUCGAGCUCAAAUGCAUGGCAACCUGUCUCAAAGAUAUCAACAUCCUGGCAAUCCUGGUUUUGCGAAUGACUUUCAAAAUCCGCAGAGUAUGCAAGAUGGUCGUUCUAUGACUGGUCACAAUGGAUUUGCAUAUGGUGGUAUGGGAGUUUCUCAAAUGCCUUCACCUGCACUCUGGAAUGGCCAUUCGAACAUGCAAAGCUAUCAGCCGAGUCCGUUCUCUAGCCAAGCAUCGUCGCAGAGUCCCUUUAACCAACAGUACGGUGGAGCUAUCCCCGCUCCAAACCCUUAUCUCUCCAAUGAGAACCGCUGGGUUGACGCCUUCAACGUACCGAAUGGACAAGUACAAACAUUCCCAGAUGCGAACCGACCCAUGGCCCAUCAGGGACUUGCUCAAAGGAGGCCAGAUUAUCAGAUUGGGGACGAAAGAAUGAUGAGAUCUACGAACAAUCCCCGAAACAACGUGCACCAGUACAACAUGCAAUGGCCUCGAAUUCAUCAAGGCAGUAGCCGUUGGCGGUCUCAGGAUAGUCUACAUCCGUUUCAAAUACCUCCUCAAAACAUGGGCCAAAUGAACCCGAGAAUGGCAGGACAAUCAAAUUCCAUAGUUGGGAAUCCUACUCACCCGAAUGGAGUCUUGUCGCUCAGAACAGAGCCAACGUCUCAAGAUAUGAGUCAAACUCCGGUUCCGAAUGGUCUUCGCCCUCAUUAUGGAGCCCGGAACACUACUCUCAAUCCUCCCCAAGCUAAUGGAACAUUCAUCAGGCAAGUUCAGAAUGCUGCGAGCCAUCGACCAGCGUCUGCUGUUCCAAACGGCCGACAACUCAACGGAACAUCUGCAGGUCAUAAUCAGAGUGGUGCUCGUCCUCAUUCUACAUCUGCCGCUUUGAGCAAUGGCCAACCCAAUGGAUCACAAGCGACUCCUUCAGGAUUCUCGAGCACGAAUGAAGGGCAAGCCAAUGCUCCAGCUCCUCCAAAAAGUCGAGGAAGACCUCCAAAGGACCCUGCAAAGAAAAGUCAAACUCAAAGACCACUUCAAGCGCCAGCGCAGCCUCAGCCUGCACCUCCGCCCCCUGGGUCUCCUAGAUUGGAUUCAGUUGACGGGUUUCGCAGAGAGCAAUCUAUGUAUUACCAACCACAACCAAUUCAGGGAACCAAUGGAUUUCUGGAUGGCAGGCCAUUGGCUGUCCAAAAUCCCGAGCUCUGGCGGCGAACGCACCCAGUUCAGCGACCGGCUUCCGGCCCGGCUCUGACGUAUACUCCAGCAAUGCCUGGCCCUAGACGUCGACCGUUAGAUGUUAUGUUGCCAUCUAUGGGGUCAGAAGGAGAAGAGGAAGUAUCUCGUCCGCCACCACAGCCAACGCCUGCUGAACGAGACCCUUCUCCACCACCACCACCAUCGCAAUAUGUAAACGGCGUAAACCUCGACGCCUUCUUCAACGAAAUAAUCCACGGUCUCUUCUCUGACGGUGAAGACGAGAAUGGGAACAAGUAA